GAGAGGGGUUUUGGUGGUUAAAUGUCUUGCUUGCAAGCUUGGAAGGAAAAGGCAGGGAGAGGGAGGCGAGGUCUCCGAAAUUCUGGGGAUGGAUCUUCCUAUUCCUGAGAAGGGGACAAUUGAAGUAUAAAGCUGGGGGUACUUUAACGGAUGAAGACGCUGUCCUCCCCGCCCCCCGACGCCGGGAAGGAGGGGCCAUGUGUCUAGAGGGGGUCAGGGUACGGGGCCUGUACUCGGGACUGCCUGCCGGAGAAAGGACAGCCUCUUAGCAGUCCGUCCCGGGAAGGUUUGAAAGCGCAGUGCCCUAGUGACGCCAGGAAAGAUGGAACGGUUGCCAUGGCGACGUGGCGCACACAUCAGAAAUAAAUAAGCAGUCCAGGCUGCAGUAGCCGCGCCCCCGCGGGACUCAACGCGGGGAAGGGUGCCCCUUGGGCCCGGGUCCCCGCAGCCCACGCGUCGGCGCCAUUGGCGGAGCCGGAGGGGGUCCGCCCCCCAGGGGGGAAAUGGUACCGUCCUCCGCCCGCGCCUGGCCCGCAGCAAGCGAGCUCGGAGCCCCGCGCAGCCUCGCCCUCCGCCCGCGGAGCCCGGAGGCGGCGAUGGAGGGAGUCAGCAGCCACCGGACCCUGUCCUACAGCCGCUGGAGCUACGACAGUGUCUUAGAUGAUGAGGGCAGCAACCUGAGGCAGCAGAAGCUUGACCGGCAGCGGGCCCUGCUGGAGCAGAAGCAGAAGAAGAAGCGCCAGGAGCCGCUGAUGGUGCAGGCCAAUGCCGACGGGCGGCCCCGAAGCCGGCGGGCCCGGCAGUCGGAGGAGCAGGCCCCCCUGGUAGAGUCCUACCUCAGCAGCAGUGGCAGCACCAGCUACCAAGUUCAAGAGACCGACCCACUUGCCAGUGUGCAGCUGGGAGCUGCCCGCCCAACAGCACCAGCCUCAGCCAAGAGAAGCAAGGCAGCGGCCGCCGCAGGGGGCCCGGGCGGGGCCUCGAAGAAGGGGAAGAAGGGGAAGCACAAAGGCGCCGGCGGGCCAGCGGCUCUGGCAGAAGACGAGUCUGAGGCUCGAGGCCCAGUGCAGAUCCUGACUGUGGGCCGGUUGGACCACGCCCAGGACGCAGGGGAGACGGCAGCUGGUGGGGGCACACAGCCCAGCGGGCAGGACCUCCGUGCCACGAUGCAGAGGAAGGGCAUCUCCAGUAGCAUGAGCUUUGAGGAGGAAGAGGAGGAUGAGGACGAAUACAGCUCCAGUUCCUCCCAGCUAAACAGCAAUACCCGCCCCAGCUCCGCCACUAGCAAGAAGUCCAUCAGGGAGGCAGCCUCAGCCCUCAGCCCAACAGCCCCAGAGCCCUCAGCAGAAGUUGAGGUCCAAGAUCUCGAGGAAUUUGCACAGAGGCCAGCUCCCCAGGGCAUCACCAUCAAGUGCCGCAUCUCGAGGGACAAGAAGGGGAUGGACAGGGGGAUGUACCCCACCUACUUCCUGCACCUGGACCGAGAGGACGGGAAGAAGGUGUUCCUCCUGGCGGGAAGGAAAAGAAAGAAGAGUAAAACAUCCAAUUACCUCAUCUCUGUGGACCCUACAGACUUGUCUCGAGGCGGGGACAGCUACAUCGGGAAACUGCGAUCCAACCUCAUGGGCACUAAGUUCACCGUUUAUGACAAUGGAGUCAACCCCCAGAAGGCUUCCUCCUCUACGUUGGAAGGUGGGACCCUGCGUCAGGAGCUGGCCGCCGUGUGCUACGAGACUAACGUCUUAGGUUUUAAGGGGCCGCGGAAGAUGACUGUGAUUGUCCCAGGCAUGAACAUGGUUCACGAGAGAGUCUGUAUCCGGCCCCGCAACGAGCACGAGACGCUGCUAGCACGCUGGCAGAAUAAGAACACGGAGAGUAUCAUUGAGCUACAAAACAAGACGCCUGUCUGGAACGAUGACACGCAGUCCUACGUACUCAACUUCCACGGGCGCGUCACGCAGGCCUCCGUGAAGAACUUCCAGAUCAUCCAUGGCAACGACCCGGACUACAUCGUGAUGCAGUUCGGCCGCGUGGCAGAGGACGUGUUCACCAUGGACUACAACUACCCGCUGUGUGCGCUGCAGGCCUUCUCCAUCGCCCUGUCCAGCUUCGACAGCAAACUGGCCUGUGAAUAGAGGCCGCCUCACAUCCGUCGGGGUGGCCCAGCCCGGAGUGGAGCUGCCUGCCCGCCCUCUGUACAUAGGCCUCCUGCCAGAUGAACUGGCUCUCGGUGGGCCCCCGGGCCCAGCCAGCCAGGAACUGGCUCCUCUGCCCCCCGUUGAGGCAGAGAAGUGGGGUGUGUGUAAAGGGCCCACAGUGAAUUCUUUCUGUGCCCCAGGAUCCACACACACCCCCAACCUUGGGUUAGCAUCCUGCUGCAGUCGUGUUUGCCAAGCUGCCAAGGCAGGAAGGGGUGUAGAGGGAGAGGAAGCACAAUGCCGGGCUGCUGUGGCCCAGCCACCCCCCAACCCGGGAGUCGACGAGGGAGGGGCACAGUGCGUGUGUGUGUGUGUGGAAGGCAGUCACCGUCACACAGCCAAGGGCUUGGUAGCUGAGCCUGGCCCUUAACUGCAGGAAGCCCCCUGACUUCAGGCCUCAGCCAGGCCUGGGAGAGGCCAGCAGGUAGGGGGAGGGUCAGCGGCAGGACCCUGUCAAGGUUGCAGGGGCCUGGCUGUGGGAGCGGCCUGGUGGCCUCGGGUUCUAGCUCAUUUGGUUUCUCUAGGUUUUCUCUGUGCACAGAGGCAGCAGGAGGCCAGCCAUCAAGGCCAGCUGUCUUAGAGGAUGGUUUGCAGGACACAGGCUCAGCAUACGGGAGGUGCACGGAACAGGCGUCCUGGACCAGGCUGUCCUGGGAGCCCUCAGCUACCCCAGCAGCUCUCUGCCAAGCAGCCUCGGUACAGGAAACGUGGACGGGCCUAGGUCACCAGCCCCGGACUCCACACAGGUAGGCGUGCCCGGGCUGGGGCUGGUGAGCUGAGGUCUCUGCCUGGGCUUCGGCUCCUGCUGCAGUGAGUGGAGGUCGUGCCUGCUGGGCCGCACUGCGUCGUCCUCAGAAGGAUGGGGCAGGCUGAGGGGGGCAGAGAGUACUGCAGCAUCACUAGAGAUGAGAGGUGGCAGGACCCUUAGCGAUCAACUCGUCCAACAGCCACCAUAGGCAAAUCACUCAACAUAUGGUACUUGCCUGGGGUCACCUGGCUGGUGAGUGGCAGAGUCAGAGCUUCAGCUCCCUGGAUUUCUGUGUUCCCAGCAUCCCCCCAGAAAACCAUUAUCUUGGCUUUCAGGCCUCCCCGGGGCCCAGUCUGGAUGCCCUUGCCCCAGAUGAAAUGGUGUGUGUUUGGGGUGGUGCGGCUAUAGACUGAAUUGGAAACUAUCUCAGUAGAUUGGCAGUGCCCUGCUAAAAGCCGUCUGGCUUUUUGCCUGUCAGACUGAUCAGGACUGACCCGUGUCUGGCUCCCCCAGAGAGCAGGCCUAGCGAGGCUACUGCCCUUUUCUGCAUGUGGGGGUGAUGGGCGGUGCGUGUGCCGGGCGGGGCCUGAGCUCCCCCUUCCCCAACAUCCUCUUCUGAGGACAUGGGAACGCCUCUCUUGCCUUUUUGUCCUUUUCCCUGGUUCACCCUGAUGGAGAGCAGACGUCAGUGGGAAGCAGGCAGUUGUUCCUCCCUUCAGAGUAGAUGUGCUUGGAAAGGCUGUGUAGAAACUGAUGCUUUGAAAACAUGUCAGCGAGGUCUGCCGAGGUGGAGGAGCUGUUCUGACCUGAGUGGAGGUAGUGUGCUCUCGUUUCCCUGAAGCACAGGUUUCCCGGGGAUACUGAGAGCCGGGUUAUCUGUCACAGCCCGAUCGCCCACCUCCGGGGGUUUCCAAGAGGCCCUUCCAGGGGGACCAUUCUGAGGGCACUGGGGCUUUCUGUAGAGGGCUGGUCCACAUCCCAGGGAACCUUGCGGUGCCCUAAUCCUUCCCAUGGUCCCAUUCGGCUCUUCCUUUUCUGACCUGGGGAAGAGACCUGCUGCCAAUUGGGAUGAUGGAAACUAGAUGAUCUCUAAUGUCUGGUCACGCUGUUUCUCUGAAUGGGAUUUAAAGGCAGAACAGCUGGUGCUGUAUCCUAGGGAGAGGGGAUCCUGGUGGCAGAGUGGAGGAACCAGAAGCACAAUGGCAAACUCCCGCUUUCUCCUCCAGCGCACAGGAGCCGGGCUGGCUGGGUUUUGGUGGGACCCAGAAGGUGGGCCGAGCUGCUCACUGUUUGUGCAGAAGGUAGCUUAGCAACAAGACCCUCUGUUGGGCAUUGAGUGACAAGCAAAAACAGUUGUCACCUGCUCGAGACCCAGCCUCAGGUCUAUUCUUACGGCCCUAUUCCUGGUGACGCUGGCUGUCCUUGACCACUGGCCCCAGGAUCCACACCCCCCCCCCCCCAAGAGCUGUGGACCCAAAGACUCGAAGCUGCCAGGGCCCAGCCUCUCCCGUAGUGAGAGUUCUUGUCCUCCACCCAGAUGGCCCUUGGUUGGGCAGGGAACUCGAGGAUAGAAUGGGCAGUUCAGUUCCUGUGGGCGUGGGGCAGCUGGGACUGCAGGCAGCCCUCCUGGGACUGCUCCUGUGACUCCUUUUGGGGCCACACCCCAAACCUCCACACCCUCUGCCCAGAACAGUUCUUCUGCAGAGUGGCGACAUUCACUUCCCGCCUCUUUUCUUUUUUUCUGGCUCCAAGGUGCUCUGUGUCUGUCUGCAUCUCUGUGUCUGUGCGUGUUUGGGGAAAGGGCAAUCUGCUAAGAAUCAACUGAGGUUUGUUUCUAAGGAUGAGCAGGAAAGGGAUAAGGAUUCUGUUCAUGCUGUUAGGAAGCGCCAGCGUCUCCCAGGUUCUGAUUAGGAAAACAUGGUCUGAGAAAGUGGUCAGUUCCCAUUCUGCGUUACCUGGGGACGCCCGUGUGUUGUGUGGACGCUUUUGGACGAACCUGAGCAUAUUCUAGUGACUGUGCCUUAGGAAACACGGCACUAGUUCAAAGGAGCACGGAAGGUCCGGCCGUGCUGCAGACCGGUAUGGAAUGGUAACCGCAGGUGUGAAGAGGCCUUUGGAGUCCGCCUCCCAGCAAGGGCAAGAAAAUGGUAGAAGUUUUUGUCUAUAAAGAGCAGGGCAUUUGCCUCUAAACUGAACAAGCAACAGCGCUGAUUUCACACUAAGAGCUCCGUGCACGCCUCGCAGUGGGGUCUGCAGGGACAGGAGAUGCUGGGCUGGCACGUCUAUGGCGGUUACGCAAGCACAAAUUCCAUCUCCCUGGCGGAGUCCUGGUUUCCCCUGACUGCAACGACACUGGCCUUCCCCUCUGGAAGUCCUCCCCUGCGCCGGGAUAUGGGAUGUGGUGUGACCAGCACACCUCUCCGGAGAGCGGAGGGCGUCUUCCUCCCGGUGCCCAGCGUGCCUGGGCCUGACUCUUUGGGUUCUGGCUUGUUGAACUUGUAGCAGCCCCAGGAACAGGCCAAAGGAUGGGCUCUGGCUUGAGUUUAUUGGUCACAUUUCAAGUUUUCUGUCAUCUCAGGAUACAGGGCAGAGGCAAGCAGGAGUACUGGGACAGGUUUGGUUUUUUAAUUUUCCAACCAAGCUGAGAAGCAAGUUGGUCUUACAGAAGGCAUCGCUGUACUUCGUGGCUACUGGUAUGUGAUUUUGAGCAAACCAGGAGGCUGGACUGUCAGUGCUUGCAGUGGGAAUCAGGGUGGCUGGGAGUUGACCUUUGCUUUCAUCACCACCGUUUCUAGCUCAUCAUUGUGCCUUUGUUCUUCCCUAAGAUGUCACACCCCUUUCCUCUUCUGUUCUAUUGCCCCCUUCCCCCACCCCAAUCAAGGUCCAGGCAGAGCUGAGACAAGGCUGAUGAGAGAGUCCUAGAGUGACUUGGAGUGGCUCAGAGAGGGAGCCCGACUCUGGCCCUUUCCUGUUUGGUGAUAAAGGGUCUUGGUCAGGAUGGGUGGCACUUCUCUUGCUGAGAACACAGUUAGCCAGUUUUCAUAACGCUUAGAAUGUGUAUGUCUAUUUGCACAAGACCGUCUUUUCCUAUUCUGGAGUGGUCAGACAUUUAUUUUUGUUCAAGAUUAUCUGGAGUUUUAGAUGAACUUACAAAACUGUGCUUUUAUUGACUUUUUGAAUAAACUCUUUGGUAUUCUGGAGCAAAUGUAUUUAUUUAUUGGUAUGUGCAAUGACAAAGUUGGUAUUUUCCCACGUUAUCUAUGUUGUAUAACUUGUGUUUGUCUAAGUACAGACCAUGUAUCAUCAAAUUAAACUUGAACUAUUUCAACA